ACCCAGGUGAGUGGAUGGGGAGCCCUGAGGUCCUGUCCAGGAUGAAUCUUGCAGGACUAAGAGACUAGGUAGCUUGCUGAGAAUAUUCCAGAAGCUUUUAACAACUAGACAAGAAGGCCAGAUUCCAACAGAGUAGGGGGUUACAGGGGUGAGAACAGGAAGGUGCACAGAAGGUCUGAGGAUAGACCUUCCAAUCCCACCUGCUUUGGGAGCCUGGAUGUGGGUGGGUAGUUGACUGGGCCAGGAGCAGUUGCCCCACACUGCUUAGUGGACACACUGCAAACUUCUUGCCUGAGCUGAGAAAAGUGAGACCAUUGUAUCAGUUACUUCUCUCAUGCUAGGACAAAAUACCUGACAAAAGCAACUUAAAGGAGGAGGGGUUUGCUUUGGCUCACAGUUUGAGGAUACAGCCCAUCUCUGGGUGGGGUUGUCAUGGCAACAGGAGCAUGAGGCAACUAGUCACAUUGCAUCGGCAGUCAGAAAGCAGAGAUGAAUGCCAGUGCUCAGUUCAAGACCCCAGCUUGUGGGAUGAUGUCACCCACAUUUAGGGUGGGUCUCCUCUCCUCAAUUAACUAACUAGUCUAGAAGCUCCCUCACAGACAUGUCCAGAGUGUCUCCAUACUGACUCUAGGCCCUGUCCCAUAGACAGUCAUUAGCUGACACAAAUAGUUGGCUGCUGUGUGCACAAGGACGGAGGGCAAUGGUACCUGGACCAUGGUGUUCUGGGACCCGUGCUGGCCUGGCACUGGUGACUGCUGGCUACAAGGAUUCACCUCUUCCCCGCAGGCACCCAGAAGAGCUCGGAAGAGAGCAGAAGGCACAGCCAGUUCCAACGUCUUCUCUAUGUUUGACCAGUCCCAGAUUCAGGAGUUUAAAGAGGCCUUCACUAUCAUGGACCAGAACCGGGACGGCUUCAUCGACAAGGAGGACCUGAGGGACACCUUUGCCGCACUGGGUCGCAUAAAUGUCAAGAAUGAGGAGUUGGAAGCCAUGGUGAAGGAAGCUCCAGGGCCCAUCAACUUCACAGUCUUCCUGACCAUGUUUGGGGAGAAGCUCAAGGGUACAGACCCAGAAGAGACCAUACUCCAUGCCUUCAAGGUGUUUGACACUGAAGGAAAAGGCUUCGUCAAGGCCGACUUCAUUAAAGAAAAGCUUAUGACUCAGGCUGACCGGUUCAGUGAGGAGGAGGUCAAGCAGAUGUUUGCAGCUUUCCCUCCUGAUGUCUGUGGCAACUUAGACUACAGAAAUCUGUGUUAUGUCAUCACACACGGUGAGGAGAAGGACUAGAAGACGUGCCUCCUCCAUACCUGGAGUCGGCCAAGACUGGCCGGGGUGGGGGACCAGUGCAAGGGCCCUGUUGCUAGCAUGUGCAGGGAAAACAGUCUCUAUCAUCCCGCCCCCUGGAGUCUGGGGCUGAAGUGGUAAUAAAUAACCCAGAGAUGUACAUCUGGGUGAUGUUUGCGUGGUUAGUGCUCUGGUCGGGAAAGCAGUGAAACAUUCCCCUCCUUGCUAGUUUUUCCAAAACGUUUGGUUCCCUAGUUCUGCUCAGCUGUUCCUGAUGAACUGGUGUUUAGAAGUAAUGGAUGGUUUUAAUGCCCCCCAUCUGGACCACAGGGCAUUGUCUUCAUUGAUGGGGGUUUUAUUGAGCACCUAGCGUCUGUGAGUCGCCUGGAUGAGACAGGGUUGUUCACGUGCAGUAGAGUCAUGAGGAUCACGGGGAGAAAGAUUCUCAGCUGAGCCAAAGCUGGGACAGAACACGAAUGUGGAGAAGGGUGGGAUAGAAAGGGAGGAACUGGGCAGAAGCAGCUGGGCAUAGGCAGAGUUGGAAAGGAGGAGAGAUGGAUUUGGGGGCAUUUAAAGGUGGGCAGAGAAUUCUUCACCCUCAUGCAUGGCACUGAAGAUAGACUAGCCAGGGCUAAAGGGGAUUUCUUUGUGAUUAAAAAUGUCUUCCUACCAAAAGACACCACCAAGAAUGUGAAAAGACCAGACAGACGCCAGAAGAUUCUGGGGCACAUAAAUCUUGACAAAGGUUCUUGCCCCCCCCACUGUGUCUGUGUGUGUGUGUGUGUUAUAUUUAACCCUGCAUAGUAACAGUGAAAAACAUGAUAGUUAUUUUCUAUUUUUUAGUGUGUGUGUGUGUGUGU